AUGCUCCGCAGCAAUGGAUACGAACAGUUACUUGGCUCUAACUCUAACAACGAGUUCAAGCUUUCAGUCUCUGCUGUCAACACAAAUGGUUGCGCCAACAAAGGAACUUUAAAACUUUGCGUCGGAUCUUCAAAGAACUUCAAUAAGAACGCCCAAGAGUUCAAGGUUGGUUCUAAGCCUGAGGCAAAGGAGUACAACUUCUCUUACAACAACGCCCACCGUUCUUCUAAUGUCAUUGCUCUCUACAACAGAAAGAGUUUCUGGGCUGAAGAUCAACAAAUCGGAAAGGCCGAAAUUCCACUUGACAAUUUCGAUCCAAACUCACCAUGCACACGCGAGAUCCAACUUGGCGAAAACGGACCAAAGGUUGUCCUCCACGCCACAAGAAAUGAAAACUUUUAA